CAGCUGGGAAGGAAGGCGCCGGGAAGAACGGCCAGCCGCCCAGACACUGGGUGGGCUGCGCCGCGCCGCUCGCGGACCUUCCUGGGUUGGAGAGGUGAGCACACUCCGCACCUCACCCAGCGGCUGCCAUCUCCUACUCAGGAGAUGCGCACUGGAGCCUGAGUUCCUGAGUCUUUGGAGCCACGACCUGCGAAUGCCCUUCGCUUCUACUGAGCCAUGUCGGGCAGCCCAGUGAGAUUACUCCAGGUCUUAGAAGACCGUCUUCAAAAGCCCAAGAUGAGGUUCACACUUACACGCUGGUGCUUGACCCUCUUCUUCUUUCUGAAUCGCCCAAUUCCGGUUCUUCCUGCCACUUCAGAGGUCACCCACCCUCCAACAAUAGAGCCGGAGCCAUUUCUCUACCUUUUAGGAAAGCAGAGACUGUUGGAGGCACAGCACAGAUGCUAUGACCGAAUGCAAAAGUUACCCCCAUACCAAGGAGAAGGUCUGUAUUGCAACCGUACCUGGGAUGGAUGGUCCUGCUGGGAUGACACACCGGCUGGAGUGCUCGCCCAACAGCACUGCCCAGAUUAUUUUCCGGACUUUGAUGUAGCAGAAAAAGUUACAAAGUACUGUGAGGAAGACGGGCUUUGGUACACGCACCCUGACAGCAACAUAUCCUGGUCCAACUAUACUAUGUGUAACGCUUUCACUCCUGAGAAGAUGCAGAAUGCAUACAUUCUGUACUACUUGGCUAUUGUGGGUCAUUCUAUGUCGAUGUUCACACUGGUGAUUUCUCUGGCGAUUUUCAUGCUUGUUAGGAGCCUUAAGUGCCAAAGGGUGACUCUGCACAAGAACAUGUUUCUGACUUACGUUCUGAAUUCUAUCAUUAUCAUCAUCCACCUGGUUGAAGUUGUGCCCAACGGAGAGCUCGUGAAAAGGGAUCCGCCGAUCUGCAAGAUUUUGCACUUUUUUCACCAGUACAUGAUGUCGUGCAACUAUUUCUGGAUGCUCUGUGAAGGGGUCUAUCUUCACACUCUCAUCGUGGUGUCUGUGUUCGCUGAGAGACAACGCAUGUGGUGGUAUUAUGUCCUGGGCUGGGGGCUCCCGCUGGUGCCAACCACUGCCCAUGCUAUCGCAAGGGCACUGUUAUUCAAUGACAACUGCUGGCUGAGUGUGGACACCAACCUGCUUUACAUCAUCCAUGGUCCUGUCAUGGGGGCAUUAGUGAUCAACUUCUUCUUUUUGCUCAACAUCGUCCGGGUGCUUGUGAAGAAAAUGAAGGAAUCCCAGGAGGAGGAAUCGCACAUGUACCUGAAGGCGGUGAGGGCCACUCUGAUCCUGGUGCCCCUGCUGGGGGUCCAGUUCGUUGUCCUUCCCUGGAGACCUUCCCACCCAGUGCUUGGAAGGAUCUACGACUACGUGAUGCACUCUCUGAUUCACUUCCAGGGAUUCUUUGUUGCCGUCAUUUACUGCUUCUGCAACCACGAGGUCCAAGCUGCUCUGAAGCGUCAAUGGAACCAAUACCAAGCCCAGCGCUGGAGUGGCCGCCGCCGCGCCACCCGUGCCGCCAACGCUGCCGCCGCCACUGCUGCUGCCGCUGCCGCCCUGGCUGAGGCUCCUCAGAUGCCUGUCUACAUCUGCCAUCAGGAGCCAAGGAACGAGCCCACCAACAACCUAGGCGAGGAGGGGGUCAUCGUUAUGGAGGGUGCUGAGGUCAUCGCCAUGGAAAUCAUCGAGCAAGAGUCAUCCGCUUGAAUCUGACGCAAAUACAGCAUCGUGAUCACUGAGCCCUCAUUUCCUGGGAGAAAGACCAACCAUGCUUUUAAAGUGAUUUCCAUCCUCCCAGGAGCAAACAUCUCAUUUGUGAGAAUUAUUAAGUGCAUUUGUCCAUAGUGAACCUGAAGAAAGUUUUACUUGGUACUGUUGCUACCGGGAGACAGUCUCAGAAUGGAGUCUCCCUCUGUAACACUUGUGAACUCCUGUGAAUUCCAUCUUUCAUCCAGGACUGAGAUAAAAAUGUCACAGUAAUGCAAGCAAAGUGUCCAAGUAAAACACAGUUAAAUUGACCUAGUUCAGAUACAGGGUGCUCCUUGUUAAUCUUGAGCCAUUUAUACCUUUGAAAAAUUAAAAUCACUGUCAAUGUUUUUCUUUUUAACUCUAAACUUUGAAUUAGGAUACUUCUGUAUUUGGCUAUGGAUCUGACUUAAUUUUUUUUUAAUUUCUAUCAAUUCUGAUGUUACUCAGAUGUUUUACCAUCCACACAAUGUAAACUGCACAAAUUACAAUGUGACCUCCACAAGACAAUGUGGCUUUCUAAUAUAGAGAUGAGAUGACCAAGUGUGUGGGGGGGAAAAGAUUUGCAUUUGGCAGGAAAAUGUAAUGCUUUAAGUGAAAAAGAAAUUUAGAGUCAGUUUGCUCUAAACCUUAGAUGGGUCAAUUUGUUAAUUGGUUUACUAAUACUGACGCUCAUCUUGGUUUUGGAUAAUCCUAUCUGUUGCGCAGGCCCUAACUGCUGUGAGGAAUUGGCCUUCAUGUUGCUAACAUUUAUAAAUUGGGAGGUCACAAAGAAUCCAUCACUAAAUUUUUCACAAAACUGCCAAAAAUAUAAUUCCUAGUGGAAGAGAAUACUCUUUAAAGAGAGUUUUCCACUUUCCUAAACUCCAGGAUUUAUAAAGCAAAUCAUUCCAAGGUUUAUAAAGCAGAUUACCUCUUGCCCUUGGGUGCUAUCUAGCAGUAAAAGAUAAAUUUGUUUAACACUGGUAAUUAAAAGACUCCAUACAAGUCCAUUAACUGCUUUACACCCAGCUUCUAAACUUAACAAGAUCUCAGCCUUUUCCAGGAAGAUUCAGUAGGACUAAUUAGAUAUCAGUUUGUAGUUGACCUCUUGUUUGCUGCUAUUAGUGAAACAGGAGGGGGAAAAAAUUACUGCUACAAGUUUAACUAUAUACCAACUCACUUAAAAUAAAAAUAGACUUUCUCAUUAAAAUCCAAUAUUAUACUCCCAUACCUCUCUUUACUUCCUGCAAUAUAAAAUCUUCAAAAAUCCCUGAGUAAACCAGUAUCAUUACUAGCACCUGAAAUUAAUUUGUGAAUUUGCAACAGUAAUCAGUUAUGUUAGUUAAUUUGUAUGCUAAAUGAAGGGAUACAUUGAAGCCUUCCAAACCUCCUCUCAUGUACAUCAUCUUGUGCCACUGCCUUUCAGAAAUGAUAUAGUUUUGGAAAGACAAAAA